AUGUUGCAGAGAUCGAAUCACAAUAGGAGCAAACGUGCUUGUCCUGUUUGUGCCAGGCGGAAAGUGAAAUGUGAUAGGCUGGUUCCUUGUAGUAACUGUGUCAAGAGAGGUCAAGAAAGUGAAUGUAUUAAGUUUGUCACGAACAAAUCGGCUGCUAUAGCAGCAAACUCAGAGUCUGAAUAUCUACCAAGUCUACUACAAUUAUGGCAAAGCUAUGAAUAUUGGGUCAUGGAGAUCGGACUAUUCAAAACAAAAGAUAUCACCGAAGGGUCAAGAAAGAAGGUUAGCAUCAUAGAGAAUUUGAGUGAAUGUACUUUUUGGCAGGAUUGUCUGAAUACGGAACAGUCGUAUAGUCUACUCAACUUUUCAGUAGAAAAUUUGGGGCCUCUCUUUUUUGGUUGCAUAGUUGAUAUAAAUGAACUCUUUACUCAAUUGGAGCGUUAUUGGCGUAGAAGAGAUAAAGAGAGCCGAACUCGUAACACCUUUAAUGAUACAGUAGCUAAAUUUGAUUCAGACGAUUACCUAUGGGAUGCAUUACUCUGGUCAGUAUUCACCCUUAGUUUCUACUAUAUGCCAGUCAAUGAGAUCUCAAAGAUUUUUCCACUGGAGCCAAUAUGUGAACAUCUGAAUAUAGAUGUGAAACAAGAGUGGACCGAAUCGCUGCAACUGCUGAUAUAUGAGAGGUAUCUCAAAGUAACAACAACACUUCUGAUGCAAAGCGAUUUCAUGAACAAUCCAAAUAUUAAGUUUAUUCAAGUAUAUCUGAUUCUAUCCAAUACAACGCUACAGAUAAAUAAUAACACACUAAGUGAUAGUCUCUUAUUGCAAUGUAUUCAAGUUGCAAAAUUUUUUAAUAUAGACUUUCACAAGCAAUAUGCGGAAGAUGAUCCAUUUUUAGGUAUUUCUAAAGAAACAUUUGGUAAAAUAUGGUUUAAAUUAUGUAUCAUUGACUAUUAUCAAUCGGGACCAGCUAAAAAGAUAUAUAUCAAUAAUGAGAUUCCUUCCCUUUUGCAGCAUGCGGCAUUUUAUCAAGACAUGCCAAAUUUUAAUAUUUAUAAAAAAGAAGAUAACUUCGAAUCAUUUUGUUGGAAAAUCGUGUCAUUGGAGAGGGAUUUGGAUCAAUAUUUAGUCAAAUCCUUCAAACCCCAAAUUAAGACAUUUGAUGCAAUCAAAAGAGAGCUGGAAAUAUUUAACAAGAAACUAGAUUUUAAUAAAAAACCGAAAAAGAAAUCUAAUGAAAUCAGCUCAAUUAAUACACAGUUUGAGAACUUUUUAUUAUUAUUUCUUUUAAAUUUAGUAUCGUGGAAGUUGCAGAAAAUGUGUUUAAUUCAUUUCGAAACGGCUGAUUCAUUAAGCUUAUCCAUGCAUUAUUCGCAGAAUAUUAUCCAACUAUUAAUUAAAAAUGUAUCCGAUGGCAAUUAUAUCUUUAACAAGCACCCAUGGGUACUGAAAGGUCUAUCUAGAAUUAUAUCAUUUUAUUCUUACUACAACAUAUUUGUCGAGUCGCCUGAAAUAGAGCAGUUAUACGAAACCCUUAGUGAUUUACUAUCUGUAUUACCAUUACUGCUUGGGAAGAAAGUCAACAAUCUGAAAUUUUUAAUAGUUCGGCUCAACAAAUUGGGUGUAUUAUGGGAAAAGGUCAAUGUAGUAGGCUCAUUAACGGGUUCUAUCCAUCCAGUUUUCAAGAUCUUACAAAACGACAUCAAGGCUAUAACGAGAGCAAAUAGGAAAGUUUCAGUGAUGACCAAUGCUAUGCAUUUACUCGGGAGGAAUGAUGCUGAGGAAGGUAGUGGCGAAGACGAGGAGCUGAUGCUACAAACUGAAAGUGAGGAAUUUAGACUAAUUGUGUCACAAUUUGAGGCCGAGCAUGAUAUAUCUGAAAUUAUAUCUAUUUAG